UGUAUUGCUGACUGGUGUGGUGAACUGAACUUUCAAGUAAGGUGUCCUUAUGGCCAAUACACAGUAGACUUGAGGGCAAUGACUUGUACUUGUAGGAAGUGGGAUCUGUGUGGGAUUCCCUGCAUGCAUGCUAUUGCUGCUAUUCAAAACAGAAAACAUGAUGCAGAGUCAUAUAUUAAUGCAUGUUAUUCCAAGGAGAAUUAUGCAAGAGCAUUCCACCCUUUGAUCAUGCCAAUCAAUGGCAAAGAUAUGUGGCCUAAAACUGGCUUCACACCAAUUUUGCCUCCAUUGGAGAAGAGGAAACUUGGUAGGCCAAAAAUGGCUAGAAGAAUAGAUCCAAGUGAAUACAUUAGCAAGAAAGACAAAAAUAAGCUUAGGAGACUUGGCCAAAACUCUGUUUUUUGUAGAAAAUGUGGCAAACAUGGUCAUAAUAGGAGGACAUGCACUCAUGAGAGUGGUGUUGGAUCAAAUGUUGAUGAGGAUGGUGUUGGAUCAAAUGUUGGGAAUGUUGGUGUUCAAUCAAAUGUUGGUAGUGUUCAAUCAAGUACUGGGGAUGGUGGUUCAAGUAGUGGAGUGGGUACAGGUAGAGGCAAAGGAACAACUACUGUAGUUGGCAGAGGUAGAUCCAGGGGUGGGGGCAAGAGCACUGGAAUGGGAAGAGGAAGGGGAACAACCAGUGAACUUGAAAGGGGAACAACCAGUGUACAAGGAAGGGGAUCCACCAAUGGACUGAGAAGGGGCAGGGGCACAACCAUUGGACUGAGAAGGGGUAAGGGCACAACAAAUGGACUUGGUAGCCAAAUCACUGAAGAUACAGGGGUGGAAUGUCAAUUUCAAGCCACAAUGGUUUGCACAAGGGGAGGAGGCACUGCAUUCCUAGGUAGGGGUGGCAGAAUUCAAUGGAUAAGCCAUGAGGCUAAUGUAUCUUCCAACUAUGCACAAGCUACACAAUCGUCACAAACUGCAGUUGGAUAAAAUAAGUCCACAACAAAAUGCAUCUUCAAGGGCCAGAAA